AUGGACUUCUUGUGGAAGGAGAUGGAAGCAUCACUAAGAAGCGCAAUGGCCAAUCUGGUGGGCGUUGUAAGGGGUGUUUUAAUUAAUGUCAGCAAAAGGCCGUUUGAUGUGGAAAAUCGACCAAAAAUUGAACGUGAUAAGCAUAAUAAAGAAAAAUUACUUCCAAAUUUGAAAAUUAUGCCCCAAGUUUCUAGAAAUUUUAUUUUAGGCGUCAAGUUCACGGUCGACGAAUGGAAGCUUGCGGCACUCCUGAACCGAGGAGAGGCUUGCUUGAUCCUCACAUGCAUGUUGAAAUCUAUUUCUCAAACGACAUGCUUAGACGUGGCCAGGGACAAAAACUGGCAAUGCUUGGCGACUUUUUUUUAG